AUGCUCUAUUAUCAAAAGCAUGGGUUUAUUAUGAACAAGACUCAAUUAGAACCAAAUGAAGUAAUUGUUGAAAUAAAAGGAAUUGGGCUCAAUCCAGUAGAUAUUCAACUCGCAAAAAUUCCUGGUGCUGAUUUUUCUGGUAGAAUUUAUAAAAUUGGUGAUGAAGUAUUUGGUUUAAAUUUAUCCAUUGCGGGUAAUGGUUGUCUUAGUCAAUAUAUAAAAUUAUCUGAAAAUAUGUCAAGUAUGACUCAUAAACCAACUAAUUUAUCACAUAAUGAAGCAGCUGCUAUACCACUUGUUUUUCUUACAGUUUAUACAGCUUUACACGAUUAG